AUGUCUGCUUCUAUUUCUUCCGCCUUUACUACUCCUACGGCCACAGCCACAGCCACAGCCACAACCCCCGUCCCAGUGCCAACAUCCCUCGACGAGCUCGUCAAACUCCUGCAUGCAGAGUUGGGUUCAAACGGACUGGACAGCGAAGGCGUAGAUGUGGACAGAGUCCAGGCCCUGAUGACCAACUAUGUCUCCAACGAGGAAGAUUGGAAGAAAUACGCCCAUUUCGAUAAGGGACGGUAUACUCGUAACUUGGUUGAUGAUGGCAACGGCAAGUUUAACCUCAUGAUCCUCGCCUGGCCCGAGAACGUUGGAAGCGCUAUCCAUGACCACUCGGGCUCCCAUUGUCUGAUGAAAGUCCUUGAUGGCAAGCUGCAAGAGACCCUGUACGAAUGGCCAGACAGAGUCCAGCUCGAAUCCUCCUCCGACCACCACUUCGAUUCCGGUCUCGGGAGCGAUAACAGCGAUAGCGACGACUCCUCAUGUGUCACCAAGUCCUCCAAAUCUGCGCCGAUGAUGGUCAAGAAGGAGACGAUUCUGGGCCGGGACGAAUGUGCCUACAUGUCCGACCAACUGGGUCUCCAUCGAGUCUCGAACCCUCUCAAGUCCGUUGGUGCCGGAUCCCUGUCCUUGCAUUUGUAUACGCCUCCUUACGAGACCUGCAAGACGUUCAAUGAAAAGUCAUCGAUGGCUAGAGCGUCCGGCAAGUGUGUUUUCUUUUCGGAGAGGGGUGAGAAGUUGCAGAGUUGUCCUUCUGCGGCGUAUUCGGCUUGUUCCUUGACCGAGAACGACAAGAACCCGUAG